GAUGACUGAAGGAUAACAUCCAAGGAGUCACAUUCCUUCAACCCAAGUGACCCACUUUCCACCUUUUGCUAAACAUUUGUCUACUUUUUUGCAACCUCCUCUUAUAGAACGUCUCCUCAGUCCUGUCUCAUUGCCCUGUGCAUAAAGAAUUUCAUGGAAUGUCUGCAUUCCGCAGAAGGAUCAUGUAAAUGUAUUUUAAAUUGCACAGUCCUCCUCCUGCUGGCCAAAAGACAGGAUGACUUUAAUAUAUAACAUAAUUACAGUUUGACUGGAUAUCGAUUUCCUGCAUAUCUGAAAUUGCUACCUCAAUCUGUAGGAUUCUCACUCUGCUUUUAUCACUUGAUCAUCUGCAGCCUUUUCUGCAACCCCAUCUCUUGCCAAGUGUCAUUAGGCCAUGGUUCGCAAGAAACGUUCUCUUAUACUGUGCAGUGCUUUUGUGUUUGUUGCCUGGAACGCUUUGCUUUUACUUUAUUUUUGGGGCCGACCUCCCAUUGGCCACCUUGGAGAAAGUGGUGGAGCUGAACCAAGAGGAAAGGAAGAGUGGGGCAUAGGCAGAAAGGAAGGAGGCCAGUUCAAUCUAGCCGGGGAGGUGAUCAGGUUGGCAGAGGAAGUUGAAAUUCAGCUUGAGACCCAGAAAAAGCUACUGGAGCAGAUUGAAAGUCACAGGGCAGUGUGGGCUUGGCAGAAAGAUGUCAGAAAAAGAGAAAUGGUUGAGGCAAAACAAGUUGAAGACGAGGUUGUCCAUCAGCCACCAAAGCCUCCAUUUCUUCUCAAAGACAAUGUGGAUGAAAGGACCCAUGUUGAAGCAAAAUAUACCCAGAAGCCUGUUCAUUCAGUAGCUCCAGUCCCUGAGUUAGAACUGCACCAAGCCAUUGAAAUAAAGGAAGUGACUGUUGAAAAGUCUAAAUUGCCAACUUCUGAUGUUGGCCCAGAGGUCAUCAUUCCCGUUCUAGUUAUUGCUUGUGACAGAGUGACGGUAAAACGGAGCCUUGACAGACUUAUACAGUACCGCCCUUCGCCAGGACUAUAUCCAAUCAUUGUCAGCCAGGACUGCGCCCACACUGAGACAGCUCGUGUGAUUAACUCGUAUGGAGAUCAAGUGACACACAUAAAGCAACCGGACCUGUCAGACAUCAGAGUCCGGCCAGAACACAGGAAGUUCCAGGGCUACUACAAAAUUGCCCGACAUUACCGCUGGGCACUCAACCAAGUGUUCAACACAUUCUCUCAGUCUACUGUGGUCAUAGUGGAGGAUGACCUGGAGGUGGCACCAGACUUCUUUGAAUAUUUCCGAGCACUGUAUCCAAUCUUACGCUCUGACCCCACCUUGUGGUGUGUUUCUGCCUGGAACGAUAAUGGCAGAGACGCCUUGGUGGAUUCUUCUAAGGCUGGGCUCCUCUACAGAACUGACUUCUUCCCUGGUCUGGGCUGGAUGCUACUCAAGGAGUUGUGGAAUGAACUAGAACCCAAAUGGCCCUCAGCCUUCUGGGAUGACUGGAUGCGUCAACCAGAGCAGCGCAAAGACCGUUCUUGCAUCCGCCCUGAAAUUUCCCGGACUAUUACCUUUGGCCGAAAAGGUGUCAGUUUAGGUCAAUUUUUUGACCAGUACCUUCGCUAUAUUAAGCUAAACACUGAAUUUGUGCCUUUUACAAAGCAUAAUUUGUCUUAUUUGCUAAAAGACAAGUAUGAUAAAAAGUUUAUCAAAGAGGUGUACAGUGCCCCAUUGAUGAAGAUUGAGGACCUGCAGAAAGGUAGCAGCUUAAGAGGCCCGGGACCAUACAGGGUGCAGUAUUCCAGUCGGGACGGUUUUAAAGUCUUUGCUCGAAAUCUGGGGGUGAUGGACGACUUGAAAUCUGGAGUUCCUCGUACAGGUUACAGGGGUGUAGUCUGUUUCCUAUACCGAGGACAGAGGGUGUUCUUGGCACCGCCAGAGGGCUGGAUACAGUAUGAUAUCAGCUGGAGCUGAGAGACUAAUUCAGACUGUACAGUGGGAAUGGUGUUUAAGAGGAGAAAGAACCUUUCUCAGAGGUUCACCCUGUCAGACCAAAGAAUACCAGGAGACACAGUGGUUAAUGAACAAAUUAAUGCAGCACAGAUGGGGCUCAGUGAAACUGGGAAGUCAGGUGUUGACCCAAGCCUGUUAGGGAAGCUCCUAAAAUAAGGUGCUCGUUCACAGUCAGCGAGACUUCGCUAAAGGUUCAAACUUGUAGGAAAGGAAAAUUCCCCCCUAAACAUUGUUUCAUAACAUCUGCAGGCAGUGUGCCUUAUUCGCUGGGCCCAUUUUGUUUGGUGUAUUUUUUUUAUUCCAAAUGUAAACAACAUCACAUGUUCAGCUGAGUUUGGUAGCUACCUUACAGACUGUCUCUGAUAAUGCACUGUAAGCCCUGUUACUGUUUAAGCUUGUGAAACUAAUCUGAAGCAGAGCUGUGUGCAUAAGAAAAUGAAAUGCUCUUACAAGGUUUUAAGUCAUUAACAAAGGCCAAAUCCAGUGCUUAACAAGGUAUAUGAAGUCAACCCUGAUGGUUAAAGAUGACCGGAUUCUUCAGCAAUGAUACAGGGAGGCAACUGCAAGAAGUAGUUUGUGCAGAAGCUCAGAGCAGUGGCUGUGAUCCACAGCCGCUUAAGCCAUUGAAUAGCUCAUAAAAUGUGUCAUGUAAUGAAUGUUGAAAAUAAGACCAUAAGGAAAUCUAUAAAGUGGUGGGGGGGGGGAAGAUGCCAUGUUAUAAAAUAACCAGGAGGAUAAUUUGAUUUGACCAAGACAGGUUUCACCUGUUGAGGUCAGUCAGUGCUUACUUGCUAAGCGACUGGAAUACUGCAAGCUACGGAAAACGUGCAACCAAUUUACUCAGUAGUAUCACUGUAAUAUAACUUCUGUCUAUUAAUGAAAACGCUGAGUGCACCAUGGCUGAGCAGCACUUGAUUCAAAGUGUAAGGACCAUCCUCUGCACCAUCUUUGACUUUAUAUGGUUUGUAUUGACUGGAACAGAAGAGACCUUGCUUGAAGUAAACCAUUAUUUGUUACUUUAUACUGGUAUCAAAAGCUAAAUGGGUCAUAAUUUGUCCCUUCCAUUGGUGACACUAACUGUUUAUUCCUUGGUGUGUAUGUCAACGCCUUCUUGCGUGGCAACAAAACCGCAAAUGAAAUUGGUGAAAUGUGAAGAAACAAAGUGUUGUUUUUUUUAAACUAAAUUUAUUUAUGGAUAGUCCCUCUCUCGUAUCCCAUGAUUUUCUUGUCAGUAUGAGAAAGGCUGCUUUAUCUCCUCACAUUUUCUCAAGCGUACUGGUGUAAACACGCUUGUUGUUUUGCCGCUGUUUGCCGCUGACAGCAUUCAUAUAAACUCCCAGGCAUAAGUAAAAGUCGGAGGCACCACCCUUGUGUUCAAACCUGCCCUCUCUUGUACAGGCACAUAGUGCACAUUGUCCAGUGAUUAAUAGCUACAGGUAGAAAAUAGAAAGCCAGGGGAAAAACAUACACAUUAUGCCCCAUUUGACUUUUGAUAAUCCCACCUGUUGUCAUUUUUCCCUACCUUGUGGGCUUGCAUUUUUAACAUUUGUCCUUAUGAGCUGCUCAGUGACUGAGACAUCCGAGUUCCAGGAGACCACGCCAGGACUGUGACAUGUAAUACAGUAGGGCUACACCUAAAGUAGACUACAUAGACCACAACUUUAAACACAAACAUGUUACUACCUCUCCAAAAUGACUACACUAGAACAUGGGCAUAACAAUUACAGUAUAUUUGUAGUCUCAAAAGAAUGAAUUGUAUAGCUGGAGAUAAUGGCACACACUUUAGGACAGUUUCUCCUCAACGAGAUUCACGGUGUUGUACUGUACUCUGUUCCAACAAAAAGUGGAGGUGGAUGUGUGAAGAAUGAAAAGGAAAGGAUGAGAGAAAUGUUCAAAUCCUGCCCACAUUUGCACGUCCACACACCAGCCCAAUCAUUGUGCAAGUGGUUGUGAUUGAUAGUUCAUCUGUUUUGGAAAGUAGUAGAAACUGUUGGUGUCAGAAGGGUUCAGAUGUCUUUACACACCCUGACAAGCACUUUGUUUGAAGCAUACUGAGCCACGUAUGGUUAAUCUUAUGCUCAAGCAAGUCUGUAUUUUGUUUGUUUUGGAAAUAUAAAGUCUUAUGUUCCAGAGCAGUGCAGUUUGAACUCUGCAAAUGUGAAGAGAAUUGCUUUACUGGGGGAAAUACCAUGUUAAUUUUCCAACUGCUUUCUGAAUGCAUUUCCAACACACCACACUGUUCAGGUGAAUGAAAGUUAUGUAUAAAUGUGUAGAAGGAAAGUGUUAAAAUGAAGCAUAACAUUAUAAUGGUAAGACUGUUAAUACAAAGAAUUAAACUAUAAUGGUGAGACUGGUUUGAAAUAAUUUAACUGUCACUGAAGCCCUGAUGCAAUUAUAAUUAUGACACCGAAACCAUGGUUUGACCAGCAUAGGUUUGUUAUAAAACCAGUGAUUGUUUGGUCAUUUUGGGUCAUUUCUCUAACUAGAAGGCUGAAGAGUGACCAGAGAAAUUAUCACUGUACUGUAAUUAGAUUACUGGGAGACUGUCCACAAGAUCAAUCGAUUUGCAUAUCUGUAUGGUGAUGUGUAAAAUCACUGCCUGAUGUUUAUAACUUUAAUACAGUAUAAAUAAAUUAAACUAUUUUGCUGAG